ACAUUGACUUUGUCAUCGAUGUCCAUUUCUUUAGCCAACACUCGAGAAAAUUCAAGAACAUAUCAUUCUCUUCCAGCAUGUAUUAUAAAUACCAUUUUCUCACCAUCCAAACACAUCAUAAUCAAUUCAACUGAAACCACUUCAACAGACAUGGCAUUGCUGCACUCUCUCAUGAAUCAACAAAGCAUAUUCAAUCCUUUUCCAGGAUUGAUUUUCUCAGAAAACGUGGACACCCAAAUGGACUGGAAAGAAACUCCACAUGCCCACAUCUUCAAAUUCGAUCUUCCAGGCCUUACAAGAGAAGACGUGAAGGUGGAAGUUCAUGAGGGCAGGACUCUGCAUUUAAGUGCUGAGAGAAAACAAGAGCCUGAAGAGAAAGGCGAAAAGUGGCACUGUAAAGAGAGGACACAUCAUGGGAGCUUCACGAGGCAGUUUCUUUUGCCUGAAGAUGCUAAAGUUGAUGAGAUUAAAGCCUCAAUGCGUGAUGGGGUGCUCGUUGUGAAUGUGCCUAAAGAUGAAAGGAAGAAGAAGAAGAGUAAGCACAAGUCAUCAGUCGAAAUUUCUGGGGAAGAAGAAGAAGGUCAACCCCCUAAAGGAUUUGGUCGUUUUGUCUGCUGCAAAGCUUGAAGAAAUUAAUUCAUGUAUAUUUGUGAAGUGUGAUAGUCUGAUGUGAAAAUUUCUUUUUAUCUGCGUUUGUUUGAUGUCUGUUGUUUUGUAACCAUUGUACUAUAAGUAUAGCAUUGUGACUUUGUGUAUCUGCCGGGUCGAGGGUGGGUUUGAUCCGAGCUGGUUUAACUUGGAUUUAUUGUUUCAAAUAUUAUUUAUCUUUUUAAUGCUACCGUAUAUUCAUUCA